AUGGUAAAAAGUGAACGCGUGUCGCUUCACGCUCGAAGACCACUUACGCGCCGGCGCCGACGCCCCAAUCCGGCGUGGGCACGAACCGCGGGCUCCGCUCGGGCGUUCGCAGUAUCCCCCUCUCCGGCGUGGCCGCACCGCUGCAGGCGUUGGCCGCACCAAACUGCUCUUCGACAACGCCGUGCGGCAACCGUCACGCUCCACGUCCGCCUCUACAGCCCCGGCGACCGUGCAGUCCUCGGCGCGGUACUCGCGCUCAAGCACCACCCGCACAUUGAAGCCGCCGCCUGCCGCGUCGAGGAGGUGUGCGGGAGCGGGCGUGGUGUAGCCGGAGGAAGUGGAAGUGGCGGGUGCAGUGCGGCCCCUCAGUGUUUGAAGGCGCAAUAUGUCUUCAGAGGAGCUGAGGACAAGCUUUUCAGAUUUGGUGAUGUAUGUGUGAGUUGGAUGCAACACAGCAAAAUUUGGCCAUCUGCUGCAACCACUAGUCCUAUAAGUGAUUUGCAGGAUAACAGAGUGAGUGUCACCUCUGUACUAGGAGGAACAUGUGACAACUCCGGAUCAGGGAUGACCCGCCGUCUAGUCCUGGCAUGCAACAUCCCAAAAGACAGCCCCAUGCUUGAGGCUGUUGCGGAGAGGAAGUUGGUGGAGAAGCUGAAAGGUUUGGGCUACAUGAUACCCAUAGCUGGGGAGGCUAAUACUUCCACUGCACAGUGAUAGGUGGUGUGAUCUGGUGAGGCUUCGCUUAAAGGCGAAGUUUUCACCAUUAGAUGCAGGAGGAAUGCUUGUGAUUGUUGCUGGGCUCAAUUGACUAGGUACCUGUACAAUGUGGCAAAUGUGUUCUGAAUUAUAAUGCCUUCCAGGGCUCUUGCACAAACGAUAGCCUGCCAUUGACGUGGAUGCUCUGAAUCUGGAAUCGCCAAACAUGUUCAGUCGUUACUCCUAGAAUGCAAAUUGAUCGAUGCCUUGCAACAUUUAAGUCCUGUGCUGAGCAUGGAAGUUUGUAUUCCGAUAUUUCAACACUAUUCUUGAGAGCCGAGGAGCUUGCAUUUGAAGUUUCUGUGUAUUUAUAGGUUGUACGGGGCAACAAAUUUGCUUGACGAAUAGAAUACGGAAUACCUCCUUACUGAA